UCAGCAAACAUGUCGACUGUUGGCAUGGCCGUGCUUCUCGGCCUUCUCUCGUCCAGCGUGCGUGUAUCCGGACAACUCGACGACAUCUGCUCUGGUGUUCGAACAAUACUAGAAGACCAAGAGCUCGAUCAAUGGUGUGCAGUGUCGACCGACUGUCUUCAGAUUCGUUGCGUUAUGAAUUUCGUCGACGAUCAUCCGUUCACCUUCUACCUUGCUGUACACAAAUGUCACAAUCCUGUCGCAGUGUCGGUUGGCAUGGCAACGUUCGAUUUCACAUGGAAGCGCCAGUAUGUCGGAGAUCAAACCGCGACGAUUGGUGAUAUACCGGAGAUUAUAGGGAAAGUCGUCGGACAGCCCUAUCUCCGUCUGCAAGUGGCUAGGACAGUGAGUGGGGUGGUGAUGUCUCUCGGCGUGUGGAUCAAGAAGAAUGGGCAGUGGAUUAAGAGAGUACCUCUGGUCACUGGACUCUCCAUUCCAUUGGAUACGGAUGAUUGCCCAACCGGUGCAUCCAACUUAUCUCCUAAUGCCAGUUCUUCUAGUGACAUGUUUCGUUUGGAAGACAUUACCGACUUACUGCAACAAUAUGGCAAGCUGAUCUUAUUCGGCAAUAAGACGUCUCCAUUGGCUAACUGGGGUAGCGAUCACGGCAAUUCGCCAUCCGAAUCAACACAAAAGUUGAACGAAAGUGCUAUAGUGGAUACGUGUACCAAAGAGAUGAAGGAAGAUAUUGAUUAUUGGUUUAAAGACGGUUCCACUUUGACUAAAGACCUACAGAGAUGCUACUGUCAGCACACAAAUAAUUCUCUAGCAAUUUGUGCUAGUCUCAUCAACACCAUUACAGUCAGUGAUACAAAUACACUAACAGGUGACAAUGAUGAGAACAAUGGUGAUGGUAAAAUGGCUGGUAACAUUGGUGAAAGCAAAAUGACCGACGGCAGUGACGAAAAUAAAGAUACAAGUGACAACAGUAGUAAAGAAUCGGCCAUCAUUGGUGGUUGUAUCGGCGGUGCAAUCGUGUUUGCAGUUAUCGUUGUGAUCAUUCUCUUCGCAUUCUACAUGAAAAGGCAUACGCCUUGGGUUGCUGUCACGCCUAUGCACAAGUCUCUUGUCCACCACAAUUCUGGAAGUGGUGAGGCAUUCAUCAAAGUAGAAGAGUCAAAGGAGUAACCAAUGUUUGGAACAACAUCAAGCUACGCUGAGUAACGCUUUAGGUCAAUGUGUGUAGGCUGUCUUCGCAUUGCUGAAAUGUUAAAAUAAAUAUGAUUUAACUAA